AUAGCGACUCCCUAUCCCUGUAGAAUCAUCAAAGAUUUCAUCUUCUUAACACUUGAGCUGCUUCUCAAAGCUUUCAUAUAACAUAAGAUUGCUUCACAACAGCAAGAAGAAGGAUGGAAAUGGAAGAAUUCUACAUCGUUUUCCCCAAAUCAAGCAUUUGUGGAAACAUUCUCUCUUCGAACGUUACAUCCUAAUUUCAGCAUGUGGGGUCGUAAUCCGGCAGGGCUGAGGCUGGAAGUCUCGAUGGUGGCAGUUUCAGUUUCUCUGGGAACGGUCACCGGAGAGACGGCCAAUCGAGUCCUCUGAACAUGUUUUGAGGCCCUCGUGGUAGUGAGGCUCCUGUGAGAGCCUUAGCAGCAGUCCCGAGUUCAGCGCGAGGGACAGAAAGAGAACACUCCACAAAGUAAAGAUUGCCAUUUCCUCGCACACUUUUGAAAGAAAGGGAGCGGCGAAACUGGUGUUGAAGAAUUGCAGAGAAACAGGGAGUGUUGAGAAUGCUUGAUUGAGAGAUUACUCUGAGUCGAGUGUGAGGCGUAGAGGACUAGAACCGACAAAUGUAACCAUUAUUCGCUGUAAACGUAAUCAUUAUUAUGUCAAAAUUAGUGAGUUUCACAGUCAGACAAACAGAAAAACCCUAACCCUAAAUCCCCAAUUGGAAAUUUUGUGUCAUAAUUACUUGUAAUCGAUUUUGUUUUCAUGGCAAUAUAUUUACAAAUCAUACUUUAAAAGCGCGUUCUUUUCAAUAAUUCUAGCCGCGAGAACUACGAAACACCAAAUUUGCUUUAUCACCCAGCACCUCUCGUUAAAACCCUAAAUUAUCGAUCGAGCUCUGUGUCUGGGACGAACAAGAAGAGAAAGCAACAAUAAUGGGAAUCGAAAUCGGAGGGCACAUAGAGAAGUUGAACGGGAAAGAGUUUACCUACGGAGAGUUUGUUGACAAGUACUUAGCGAAGAACCAGCCUGUGGUUCUUACGGGACUCAUGGACGAUUGGCUUGCUUGUAAAGAUUGGGUCACCGACGAUGGCAAGCCCGAUCUUCAGUUCGUAUCCACUAAUUUUGGCAAAUCCAGAGUGCAGGUUGCAGAUUGCAAUAACAAAGAAUUCACGGAUCAAAAGAGAGUAGAGAUGUCUGUUUCGGAGUUUGUUGAGCAUUGGCUUGAGGGUUCUGUGCGUGAAGGCAGUGAUCGGGAGGGUAAUGGCAAAUCGGUGCUGUAUUUGAAGGACUGGCAUUUUGUGAAGGAGUACCCAGAAUAUAUAGCAUACAGAACUCCGCUGUUCUUUUGUGAUGAUUGGCUCAACCUUUAUCUCGACCAUCAUCGUUUGCAUAAGGAUCCUGACACUUACCAAGAGAAUAACGAUAUUAGUUGCUCUGACUAUCGUUUUGUUUAUAUGGGAAAGAAAGGUUCUUGGACUCCUCUUCAUGCUGAUGUUUUCAGGUCUUACAGUUGAUCUGCAAAUGUGUGUGGCAAGAAGAAAUGGCUUCUUUUAUCUCCAUCUCAAAGCCACCUUGUGUUUGACAGAAAUAUGAAGAGCCAUGUAUAUAAUAUAUUUGACGAUGUAAGCGAAACAAAAUUCCCUGGUUUUAAGAAGGCUAUCUGGUUGGAAUGCACUCAAGAGCGUGGUGAAAUUAUUUUUGUGCCUAGUGGAUGGUUUCAUCAAGUUCAUAAUCUGGAAGAUACAGUAUCAAUUAACCAUAAUUGGUUCAAUGGUUAUAACCUUUCUUGGGUGUGGGAUUUGCUUUUAAGAGACUACAACGAGGCCAAAGAAUAUAUAGAGGACAUCAGGGAUAUCUGUGAUGAUUUUGAGGGACUCUGCCAACGCAAUCUUGCAGCUAACACAGGGAUGAAUUUUUAUGAUUUCUUUAUCUUCUUGACGCGAUUCUUCUUAGCCAACACGUUCCAACUCUACAAUCUUCCUGAGGCCUACUCUGAUUCAGUAUGGAAUUUACCCCCUGUGGUUCAUACUUUUGUUUUGAACCUUGUAUAUAUCCGGAAGAUUGCAUCGAGGAUGAAAUCUGUGGGCGUCUUGGCUGGAAAUGAUAGUUUGUGCUUGGAUGUGAGGAAAACUCUUGAUGAUCCUUUGUUUCUUGAAAUGUCGAUGGAUCUCUCCAGAACAUAUGGGAUGAUACAUGAGGAACAGAACUUGAUUGGUUAUCCAAGGAAUGCUUUGGUUGAUUUUGGGGAAUUUAAUUACUGUAUAUGUAACCCUGAAGAUCUUGUUAAAUUUAUGGACUAUGCUGUUGUAAAGCUCAGUGGUAAUUGCAGCAAGGGAUCCAUUCUGCUGCAUGAAUUGGAUGAUACCUUUCCACUUUGUCAGAGUUAAACUUUUGACCAAACAUCUUCCUCCUUCAAUGGGCUUUCAGUGUCUUUUCAUUUUCAAGGAUCAGCAUAAGGAACGUCAUCGUUCUGGGCUCGUUCCGGUAUUAUUGGUCUCCAUGAAGUGGUGAUUAAAAAUUUGUUUGAUGUGAAUAUUCGCCCCCUUUGCGCUAAGUUAAUUCUAGAUCAUAGAUCUGCUGGAAGUGGAAAUUAUACUGCGUGUUGAGUUCACUACCAAUAAGGACAUUCGCUUGCUUAAGUUUUCAGAAUGAAGCUCUUGGCUUGCUAGCUGGCUGGAAACCCAGCAACGUAAAACUGAUCUGUACGUAUUCAAAUCUUUAUCCUGAAGUUAAAUAAAACUUAAAUGUUUUUAUC